AUGUCUCAGGUGCCUGCUGACCUCCUGUCAACCACCAGCUCCUACAACUAUGAGCCGCCCCUUCCCUCCGUGGCUCGGGCGAGUGCUCUCACCCAGGUACCUCCAGCCAAAAAAAUAACCUUCUUCAAGAGUGGAGACCCUCAGUUUGCAGGAGUCAAGAUGGCCAUCAACCAGCGGAGCUUCAAGAGCUUCAAUGCUCUCAUGGAUGACCUCUCCCAUCGGGUCCCUCUGCCGUUUGGGGUGCGGACCAUCACCACCCCACGAGGAAUACACUGCAUCAGUGAGCUGGACCAGCUGGAGGAUGGAGGGUGCUACCUGUGCUCCGACAAGAAAUACGUGAAGCCCAUCGGCAUCACUCCCGGGGGACACAGGCCGGCCCCUCCACGACACGCUCGGCCCUCCAGUACCAUGAGAAGAGCAGCUCAGGAGAGCAAGCUGGAAGAUUAUUCCACACCUUUCACUCACCAUGGCCCCAGAAUACCCAAGAAAAUCACUCUAGUUAAGAACGGGGAAAGUGGGUUUCGGCGCUCGAUUAUCCUGAACCGCAGGAACGCCCGGAGUUUCAAAACCCUCCUGGAUGAGAUUACGGAGAUCCUGCAGUUCCCAGUGAAGAAACUCUACACCGUUGAUGGGAAGAAGAUUGACAGCAUGCAGGCCCUGCUCCACUGCCCCAACGUGCUGGUGUGUGUCGGCCGGGAGCCCUUUAAACCUGUGUCCAUGGAGAAUCUGAGGAAACACUCGGUGGAGAAGCUGCCCAACCUGCCUCCCCGUUCCAACGGCAACAACGUCAACGAGAACAAUGAAAGUAAGCAAAGCUUUGGGUUGAACUUCGGACUGAAAGCCAAAAAAAGCGUUAUCCAUCCGCGGUCGUCAUCAAGCAACAGGUCCAUGAGAUUUUCAUUGUCAUCGGAAAAGUCGUAUCCCAAUGGUCUCGCUGCCUCACCGGAUAAUGGAGCACCUUUCUCCAAUGGCUGCUCCCACCCCAAGGCCGGGGAGCUGGUGCAGUCCCUGGUCAAUGAUGACAUAGAGAAGCGGGUGCACGUGAACAAGGACGGGAGUUUGUCCGUUGAGAUGAAGGUCCGCUUCCGCCUGCUGAAUGAUGAGACCUUGCAGUGGUCCACCCAGAUCAAGAAGUCCAACCUGCUGAACCGGCUGCCUUGUGAGGAGUCAGGAGCAGAGGAGGACAGUGGAAUGGACCCCCUACAGAAAAUGAACCCAGAAGUCAGCUCGGAGGCGGAUGAUUCGUUGUAUCCCUGUGAGAUUGAUUCCUAUAUGUCAAAACUUGAGGAAUCCGAGUGUGAUGAGGCUCACUGUCACAGCUGUGGGAAGAAGCACCAGGACUACGACAUUUGGAAGAACCCCAUGCACACAUCCCAGAGGGAAGAGCCCAGCGUACGGAGCACCUGGCGCACGCGGUCGUCGUGCUCCAGCACAUCCUCCCGGAGGAGAGUCGUCCACAAAAAAAUUACUUCCGUGGACAGCCUCCACACCACGUCCAGUGAGGAAUUCUCUGAGCACAUUGUAAGAGAGUCCUCAUCCUACUCAGAGACUAUAGAGAACAGAGUGGCGUAUCGAUCCGUCAAAAAGUGCAGGUGCAGAAGUGAUUUGUCUACAGGUGCUUCCAUUGGAGAAGAUCAGCAAGGAGACACUCGGGCAAGCACAGGGAAUGGCCAGAGACCUUCAUCCGUGGGUUUAAUGUCACAUUCCAGCUGUGAAAACAACCUGGAUACUCAAGACACCCCCGAAGACCAUGAGAUCAGCAAAACCAUUUCACAAAAUGAAGAGGAAAACUGUUUUGAAGCUUCCUCUGUGAAGGGCUUAAAGGAUGACAUGGAAGAGGUUGAGAGCAGCAGAGUUGGGAGUGUCAUGUCAAAGUCAUCCCUGCAGUCCAAACGGAGCAAGAAUAAUGUCUGUGAGGAAACCAGCAGCGUGGGUAGGAGCAUGUCCUCCUCCUCAAGCCUUCAGAAGGCAAAUCAAGGAGAGAACUCUCGGAGCUCCACCCCUGCCAACAGUGUGCACAGCAAGUCCAGCAACUGUACCACCCAAAAAGCAAAGAGCGAGCAGGAUGACCAGUCUGAUGAAAAUCCAGUGGUCUCCUCCUUGUCCAGUGAGUCCUGCCCUAAGAAAGAGGCUGAAGAGGCAGAAGAGGAAAGUGAAGUCAGAGAAGUCAGCUCAGUGUCAGCAAAAACAAAGCCCAGCCAAUCAAUUAGGGAUGAGAGCAGUGAAGGGGAACGAUGCUCUACACAAGGAAGCCACUCCAGAGCUACUGACAGGAACAGCAAGAAAAGUGACAGUGAUGAGAACGUUGCAUGCAACAUCUCUUGCUCUUCCUUAGGAUCCAAAAAGAGCAAACGCAGCCACAUUCAUUUGGAUGCACGGUCUGAAAUGUCUGUGUCUUCUCUUGGAUCCUCUCCGAAUAAAAAGAAGAAUUCCCUACAUGCCGAUGAUGCGAGAUCGUGCAGCAGAGCAUCCAAUUACUCCAAAAGCUCUUGUGAAACCAAGAAAAAAUCUGUUGGAGACGCCAUGUCUCAAAAGUCAGGAUCUCUUCAGUCAAACAUUUCAUCUACUAGUGCAGCAGAAGCAACUGCAGGUCCUGCUGAGGAGAAAAGCUCUAAAAGUACCACCAGUCGCUACAGUAAAUCCUCAAAAGGCUCAAAGAAGAGAAGCCAUAGAGAAGACAAUAGUAAACCAUCAUCCCUCUGCUCAAAAUCUUCAAGUCCUAAUGGAAAAGCUGGAGAGGGUCAUGCCAAGGUUAGUUCAGAGCUCUCUUCUUCCAGACAGGGAAGUAUGAGUGGGAGUGUGUGUUCCAGAGCUGACCACGCAACUGAGAAUGAGAUUAGGAAUGGAAAGCCUACAAGUAGCUCCUCAAGAGUCUCUUCAAAAUCAGAAGUAAAAGAUAAAUUCUUGUUGGCACAGGUAUCCCAGGAGACGGAUGAGAGGCGUUCACAGUCAAACAUGUCUCAAUCUUCAAAGUCAAGGCAGACAAAAAACAACAAUCUUCGGGUGAAGAUGUCAAACUCCAGCCGGGCAUCACUAUCUGAGAGCACAUCGGUGCACAGCCUGCAUUGCCCUGCCCCACCCAAAGGAAAGCCAAAGAGGAGAAACAUGCGUCCAGCCAUAUUGAAGAAUUCCUCCGUUAGCAGUGUAGGCACCAAGUCGGUGCUGAGCACAGGAAAAGAGCAGAAAGAAAUUGUAGAUUCCUCCAAAGAGACUUCCUAUGGGUCUAGGUCAGCAGCACCCGAAGUAAACGAUCAGAAUAAUAAAGAGACAGAUGAUUCUUGCAAAAAAAAAGCAGAGGAAGCAUCAGAAGACACGGGUGUGCAGGAGGAAGGGAGUGAUUUAAUGCCAUCUGCUCUGCCAAAUACGUCUCCAGAAGAAGUUGUGCAAGAGUGGCUCAGAAAAAUCCCCUCAGAAUCACUGCUUGAGAAAUAUGAAAUGGAGGAUGAUGUGGAAGAGGAUGGUACAGAGACAGCUACUGAGGUGUCACACUGUACACACGCCGAGGAAGCCCCAGAGGAUGAAAAAGCUGAGGAAAAGAAUGAGGAGGAGGCUGAAAAUGAAGCAAAGGCUGAAGUGGAAGGAGAGACAGCAGAAGACACAGCAAUUAAUGAAGAGGUUGAAGAAUGUGUGAACCAGGAAGAAGUCUGUGAGGUUGCAACUGAGGCUGCCAAAGCUGAGCAGGCAGAAAGCAACCAGUCAGUUACCUCCAGCCAAAAUAACAACAGGAGAGACCUGCCCACCUCUGUCCAGACUUCCGUCCAGAUCAUGAAGGCCUUGCUCAGUUCGAAACACGAGACCAAAUUUGACCGAUCGAACAGUUUGCCCGAAGUGUCCCCCACCAUGGGGAGAAAACUCAGCAACUCUGCCAACAUUUUGAUUACUUGUCUUGCCAGUCUCCAGCUCCUCGAUGAAGAGUCGGAAGACCCAUCAGACAACUCAAAAGCUUUGAAUAAGUCAAGGUAUACAGAGCUGCUGAAUAUUUUUCAAGCCCUGUGGUUGGGAUGCACAGCUGAAAGGAGUGGUCCAAGCUCAGGUCAAGAGGCCAGCGAGCAGGCAAAGCCAGACCUUGGGUUUAAAGGCCCAAAAUCUAUGGAUCAUGCCUUCACUCACAUGUCCUCCUCUGGGGUUGAUGUCUGCAGUGGUUCUGGUGGCUCAGGAGAAGAAUGUCCAGCUGGUGCCACUAUGGUGGCACAGAAAACUGCUGAAUUCAAAUCAGCUGAAGUGGAAAAUACAGAGACUGGCACUGAAGUGACUGAGGCUGAGGAGCAAAGUAAAGAGGGAGCGCAGCCAUCCCGCCCUUCAACAGCCUGCUCAGACUCACACAGAGAGGAAAAAGCACAGUCUGCUAAAGAGGAAUCUCUAAUUCAGGAGGAAGAAGAGAAGGAGGAGGAUCAGUGCCAUACCUGUGAACACGGUCAGGAGGAAGGGGGAGAAAAUGAAAAUGAAGAAACCAGCAAAUUAGCUGAAACUGGAGAACAAGAAGAAGCUGGAGCUGUGAAUGAUGAACUCCCACAAGAAAAUCCGGAAGCCACCACUGAUGAUACAAAUGUCAACAAUGCCGAUGCUGGGAUGGAGAUAAAAGCUGAUUUGGAAGGGCAUCUUGAAAAAGAGUCACCAAGUGACCCAGAGCCCAAAGUCUGUACAUCCACAAGUGUGGGCACAUCCGUUGUCCGGCAAAAGUCAGUGGAUCCAGACCCAGUUUGGGUCCUGAGGCUGCUCAAAAAAAUCGAGAAGGAGUUCAUGGCUCACUACGUCAAUGCCAUGAAUGAGUUAAAAGUCAGGUGGAACCUGCAGGACAACCAGCAGAUGGAUGAAAUGAUACAGGAGCUGAAGGAGGAAGUGAGUAAAAGGAUACAAAAAAGCAUAGAGAAGGAGUUGAGGAAGAUCAGAAGCAGAGCUGGGACGAGGGUGCCAAGACCUCCGGAUGAGCCACUCACACUUGAGUCAAAACUCCAGACAGAGCAGAGGAGGUGGAGAUUGCAAACAAUGCACAAAAAGUCACUGUUUGGUGGCAAGAACGGCAACCAGAGCAGGCUGGAGGAGACAACAGAGUUAUCCCUCGAUGUAGAUAAAGACUUAGCACUCAGCGCAGCUUUGGAUGACAGUAUUAGUAAACAAUCAAGCGAGGAGGAAUAUUGUCCAUGUGACUCCUGCGUGAGGAAAAAAAUGGCCUCCAAGCCCCAAAGACUCCCCGUGGUGGCCACCAAUGCCCCAGUCAUGAAAGCAUUUGAUUUGCAGCAAAUCCUGAGGCUGAAGAAAGAUGACAAGGAGGAAGCCAUUGUUGCAGAAACAGCCCAGGACAUCAAAGGUGAACCCCAGGCAGGUGAAGAAGAACUGGAGGACAACGAAGAAAAGGAGCCAGAAGUAAAUGAAUUAAAUGGAGAUGGAGAAGAACCUGAAAUAGCAGAGAGUCAAAAAGGUGAGGGGGAGGAUGAGGUGCAAAAUGAAGAAACCAAAGAAGAUGAAGCAGAAGAAGCAGGGGAAGAAACAAAAGAAGGAGAGGAGGAAGAGAAAGAGGAAGAAGAAAUCGUUAAGGCUGAAGAGGAGGAGGAAAUAAAAGAGGAGGAGGAGGAGGGAGAAACAAAAGAAGAUGAGGAAGUAAAAGAGGAAGAAGCAGAGGAAAAGAAAGAGGAAGAGGAACUAAAUGAGGGGGAAGGGAAGGAGGAAGAGGAAGAAGUAAAAGAGGAGGAAGAAGAAGAGAAGGAGGAGGAGGAGGAAACCAAAGAGGAGGAGGAAGAAGUGAAGGAGGAAGAGGAAGAAGCAAAAGAGGAGGAGGAAGAAGUGAAGGAGGAGGAGGAAGAAGCAAAAGAGGAGGAGGAAGAAGCAAAAGAGGAGGAGGAAGAAGCAAAAGAGGAGGAAGAAGAAGUGAGGGAGGAGGAGGAAGAAACCAAAGAGGAGGAAGAAGAAGAAGUGAAGGAGGAGGAAGAAGCAAAAGAGGAGGAGGAAGAAGAAGUGAAGGAGGAGGAGGAAGAAGCCAAAGAGGAGGAAGAAGAAGUGAAGGAGGAGGAGGAAGAAGCAAAAGAGGAGGAGGAGGAGAAGGAGGAAGAGGAAGGUGCAGAAGAGGAGGAGGAAGAAGAAAAAGAUGAGGAGGAAAAGAAGGAGGAAGAGGAAGAAACAAAAGAGGAAGAGGAAGAAGUGAAGGAGGAGGAAGAAGCAAAAGAGGAGGAGGAGGAAGGGAAGGAGGAAGAGGAAGGUACAAAAGAGGAGGAGGAAGAAGCAAAAGAGGAGGAGGAAGUCAAAGAGGAGGAAGAAGAAGUGAAGGAGGAGGAGGAAGAAGCCAAAGAGGAGGAAGAAGAAGUGAAGGAGGAGGAGGAAGAAGCCAAAGAGGAGGAAGAAGAAGUGAAGGAGGAGGAGGAAGAAGCAAAAGAGGAGGAGGAGGAGAAGGAGGAAGAGGAAGGUGCAGAAGAGGAGGAGGAAGAAGCAAAAGAGGAGGAGGAAGAGGAAGAGGAGGAGGAGGAAGAGGAAGGUGCAGAAGAGGAGGAGGAAGAAGGAAAAGAUGAGGAGAAAGAGAAGGAGGAAGAGGAAGAAGCAAAAGAGGAGGAGGAAGAAGUGAAGGAGGAGGAGGAAGAAGCAAAAGAGGAGGAAGAAGAAGUGAAGGAGGAGGAGGAAGAAGCAAAAGAGGAGGAAGAAGAAGUAAAGGAGGAGGAGGAAGAAGCAAAAGAGGAAGAGAAGGAGGAAGAGAAGGAGGAAGAGGUGGAGGAAGAAGAAGUAAAGGAGGAGGAGGAAGAAGCAAAAGAGGAAGAGAAGGAGGAAGAGAAGGAGGAAGAGGUGGAGGAAGAAGAAGUAAAGGAGGAGGAGGAAGAAGCAAAAGAGGAAGAGAAGGAGGAAGAGAAGGAGGAAGAGGUGGAGGAAGAGAAGGAGGAAGGCGCAGAAGAGGAGGAGGAAGAAGAAGUGAAGGAGGAAGAAGAAGAAGCCAAAGAGGAGGAGGAAGGGAAGGAGGAAGAGGAAGAAACAAAAGAGGAGGAGGAGGAAGGGAAAGAGGAAGAAGCAAAAGAGGAGGAGGAAGAAGAGGGGAAGGAAGAAGAGGAAGAAGUAAAAGAUGAAGAGGAGGAGGAGGAAGGGAAGGAGGAAGAGGAAGGGAAGGAGGAAGAGGAAGGGGAAGAAGAAAAAGAGGACGAGGAGGAAGGAAAGGAGGAAGAGGAAGGGGAAGAAGAAAAAGAGGAGGAGGAGGAAGGGAAGGAGGAAGAGGAAGAAGCCAAAGAGGAGGAAGAAGAAAUGAAGGAGGAAGAGGGAGAAGCAAAAGAGGAAGAGGAGGAGCAGGAAGGGAAAGAGGAAGAGGAACAAACUAAAGAGGAGGAGGAGGAAGGAAAGGAGGAGGAGGAAGAAGGAAAAGAAGAGGAAGAGGAAAAAGAGGAGGAAGAAGAAACAAAAGAAGAGGACGAGGAGGAAGAGAAGGAGGAAGAGGAAGAAGGAACAAAGGAGGAUGAGGAAGCAAAGGAAGAUGAGGAUGAAGCUAAACAAGAGGAGCAAGAAGUGGAAGAGGAAGAAAACCCAAAAGAGGAGGAGGAAGAAGAAGCAAAAGAGGAAGAAGAGGGAGAAAAAGAGGAGGAAGAAACAAAGAAAGAAGAGGAGGAAGCGAAUGAGGAAGAGGAAGAACAGGAAGAAGAAACUCAAAAUGAAGAGCAGGAAGCUGAAGAGAAGUCCAAAGGUGAAGAUGAAGCUGAAAAUGAAGCUGAAGAAACAGAGGAGCCAGAGGAUGAUGAAGCAGAGACAUCUGAAUGCAGAGGGGAUGCCAAGGGCUCUGGAACUGACAAUAAUCCUGGAGAAGAUGAUGCAGAAGGAAAUGAAGAAGCUGAGCAGGAUGAAGCUGAGGCAGUAGAAGAUGCAAAACCAGAGUCAGAAGGUGAGGCUGAGGAGGAAAACGGUGAAGGAGGUGAGAAACAUGAUGAGAAUGAGGAGGAACCUGCCAAUGAUGACCCUGACAAGGCACAUGAAAAACACGAAGGCAAAAUCAACAAGGUUUCUCAGAAAGUCUCAAGGCCCAAAGGCAAGAAAAACAGCAAAAAGCUGGAGAGUCUGAAAACAUCCACCGCCUUUUCUUAUUAUUCUUCUGUAGGAAACUUCUCACAGCAGUCCCAGAAGGGGUCUGAAGAUAAAGAUGAGGGAGAAGAUGAAGAGGAAGACAAAGAUGACCACAACCCUGGGAGUGACCCCCCCAAUGGAGAGAUUCGAAGUGAUGAGAGCUCCAAACCCUCACAGAUGUAUCCUGAGAGCGAGGAAGAGGAAGAAGAUGAGGACAAAGAUUCUUCGGGCACUGAUGCUGCGGGAGAUGAGGACCCAGCAGAUGCUGAAGGUGCAGAUCCAAAGGAGGCUGAAAAUACUGAUGGAGUUCAGGCUUCUAAAAAGAAAGAAAACUCUGAUAAUAUUGACCAGGAAGACUUGGACUUCUAGAACUGCUUAUUAAAAACUGGUUUUUUCUU